AUGCCAAUGACCAUCGAGCUCGUGGAAAAGCUGAGUUCUGUCGCCAAAGAAGAUAUGCCCAACGAGACCAUCUACGCCAAUCAAAUUCACAAGCACACUUUCACCUGCACGAAGCGAGGUGAGACGACUUGCAGAUUUGGGAUCCCGUACUGGCCAAUGCCUGCUACUCGAGUCUUGGUUCCAAUGCCUCAGACUGAUGGACGCCGGUCAACAUUCCAAAAAAAAUCCAAGGAGCUACGAACGUGUCUCAGCGAACGUACAUACCCUAGCAUGAAUGACUUUUUGAGGGAACAUGGUCUGACAUUUGAUGCAUAUCUUGAUAUAGUACGUUCAACCCUUCGCAGGCCAACUUUGUUGUUUAAACGUAACUUCGAUCAACUUAUGACAAACACGUUCAACCCUUACCUUGCUGGUCAAAUUAAUUCCAACAUCGAUAUUCAGUUUAUCUUAGAUGAAUACAGCUGCGCACAGUACGUCGUGGAAUACGUGAACAAAUCAGCUCGUGAAAUGGGUAACUUGAAUCGAGAGUUGACUAAAAUGAUGGAAGAACAUCCUGACCGCGAUUACACUGGUCAAUUAAAAGCAUUGAGUGUCAAACUUCUCAAUGCAGUUGAAAUGUCGGCGCAAGAAGCAGCAUGGUAUUUGUUACGACAGCCGAUGAGCGAAGCAAGCCGUCAAAUUGUGUACAUACCAACAGUGUGGCCCUCAGAGAGACAACGUUGCCACAAACGUCGGAAACAAUUGGAUCGCGAAGGAAUCGCAGAGGACAGCACAGACGUGUGGACCAAAAACAUCAUUCAGCGGUAUGAAGAAAGACCUCCAUCUUUGCAAGAUGUAUAUUUGGCCGAGUUUGCGUCGUGGUAUGCUAACUCUCGUGAUUUCAUUGACAAUGAAGACGACUUGAACGUGCAUGAAGAUGACGAUCCUGAACCGCCGACUGGAGAAAGAACGACAUCGAGAGGAUAUCGCAAACGUCUGAUCGGUCGAAUCAUACGAUACAGAUGCUACGACAUAGAUGAAACUGUCAAUUAUCAACGUGAGAUGGUACUGCUGUACUUGCCCUUUCGCAACGAAGUCGCUGACAUUGUUGAUUGUAAUAAAUUUAUACAAUUAUUCAAUGACAACAAGGAAACUAUCAUGGAACGCAGAAAACUUUAUGAGAACAAUAUUGACAUCGACAAAGUGAUGCAAGAGCUAGAAGCAAUGAUGAUUUUGCAAAAUUCAGACACCACAGAACCAACGGAAACAGAGUCAAGAAGAGUGUUUGUAGAACAGUUGUUAGGAGGAGAGGGAGCUGAAAAUAACGAUGAUGUUAAUGAAAUCGUGCCGCAAAACGGAUUGUCAGUUGUAAAAAAACGGAGCAACGUGAUGCCAAAACAACAAUAUUGUGAGCUGCUACGAACUACAAAUGCUGAACAACGUGAGGUGGUUCUUGAGGCUAUACAUCGUUUACAUGGCUGCGGAGAUGAGCUCCUACAGGCUCUACAAAUCUUCUUCACCGGACCAGCAGGAUGUGGCAAAACGUAUACAUUGAAGGCCCUCAUGGAAACGUACAAUCGUUACACUCAGAACCACAACUCACUCAACAACGCCUACGUUGCUUGUGCAAGCACAGGUAAAGCAGCUGUACCUCUUGGUGGAACAACAGUUCACUCAGCAUUUCGCCUAACAACUUCUCGAGUUACAAGACUUCUAUCAGCUGAAAACUUGCAAGCCUAUAGAAAUAUGUUCGUUGGCGUGAGAGCAGUUUUCAUUGACGAGAUCAGCAUGUUGAGUGCAGCUAUCCUCGGUAAAAUCAAUUAUCGAUUGCAACAGAUAACCGGCAUAUACGACCAAGUUUUCGGAGGCCUUCACAUCAUCUUAUGCGGCGAUUUCAGACAGCUGCCGCCUGUACGCGCUACUCCGUGUUACACAGUGCCAAUCAACCAACUCGGAGGACCUAUACUGUGGCAAAGCAUCGACUACUUCCCAUUGGUCCGUGUUGUACGACAAACUGACGAGCUGUUUUCGAGAAUUCUGACUAAAAUUGGAGAUGGACUUAAACUAAGUGUCAAUAACAUCAAACUUAUAGAAUCCAGACAUAAGUCAGAGUCCUGGUGCAAAGAGAACGUACCUGACGCUGUUCGGUUGUUUUACAGUAACUUUGAGGUUGAUUCAUACAAUCGAAAAGCAAUUAACAACGCACACAACUGUAUUGCCACUGAUAUCAUGCUCGGAUAUUCCAGUAAUUCUGAGAGGGGCCAACAGCAAGGAAAACUUCACAAGAUGUCGGUUGCAGAGACAGACGGAUUGCCUUACAUGCUGCCCUUAGCAGUGGGAUACCCUUACAUGAUAACGUCUAACAUCAACGUAGGAGAUGGAUUGGUAAACGGCGCUAUUGGAGUCUUGCGACACAUCGAACGUCAGCCAGCCGAUCCAGCCGAAGCAGGACCAUCGACCAGCACGACGUCACCGCCCACAAAAGAUGAAAUUAUCACUCUUUGGUUCGAGUUUCCAGACAAAAGUACGGGUGCCAAUGCAAAACUCAAAAGUCGACCACAUGUACUCAGCAAACCAAACACUUUGUCCGUUGAUUGGGUGCCGGUGUACAAAAAAGUGGUCAACAUCACAUUGACAAAAACAGUGAAAUGCAAACGCAAACAAUUUCCUUGCGUACCUGCUUGUGCCAUUACGAUUCACAAAUCACAAGGUGGGACGUUUGAUGUAAUCGUGUAUAAGUACUCCUCCAAGCAACCACAACAAUUAGUAUAUGUAGCCAUGAGCCGCGUAACGAGUAUCAACGGAUUGUAUAUCAUCACGGAGAAGGACUCUCCUUUGAUUUUCAAACAUGGGCGCGAAGGAAACGACUCACAAACUACACGAGAUAUUCGCACUGAAUAUAUUCGACUCCAAGGACACACUUUGCAAACCACCACUAAAAAGGCAGUCAAAUUCUGUGACGAUGCUACCAGUGCUGGACAAACUAUCGUGACGAACAUCAAUUGUCAAAGUUUGAGUGCUCAUGCCACAGACAUUGAAACAGAUACAGUGAUUCCAAGAUCUGACUAUUUAGUACUGACCGAAACGUGGAUGCGCGACACUUGUGAACCACAUCCAAUCAAGAAUUAUGAGUGCAUAUCAAGGAAGAAUAAUCGAACAAACUCAGACACCAACGCAGCAGGUGGAGUAGCGAUCUAUCGUAGGUUAUCAUCAAUAUCAACAGGAAAAGUGAUCGAUGUUGCGGUCACAGACACUGCUCGAGUUAUCAAAACCUGCGGUGACUUGUGCUUGGCUGAAGUUACUUGCUUUACCGCUGAUACUACCUUCAAAUUUGUGCUCGGUGCUGUUUAUAUUCAUCCAGGAUUAAGUGUACAAGACAUCGGAAUGUUGCUACACCAGGCACUUCUUCCAUACGUGCAUAACAGCCAGUACGUGCCACCGUUCCUGCAAGUUGAUCCUAAUAUGCCGAUUCUUCUAUGCGGUGACUUCAACCAAAACGUGAAGUCUGAUGACAAGUUUCUCAAAUUCAUUAAAGAUACGUUUAAUCUUGAUUGCGUAUCAGAUAUGUCUAAGUCUACUACGUUAAAAGGAACAACCAUUGACUUGACAUUUUCUAGGCACAUUACAGCAGAAACACUUCCUUUCAUUUCAUAUUUCUCCUAUCAUCGCCCUGUCCUCAACAAAAUCACUCAGAUAGGAACAAGUUAA